AUGGCGCCCAUGAGCUUCUUCUGGCACAUCAAAUUCACGCUCCUCUUCCCCGGCUGGGUGCCCGACACUCCACUCCUCUACGCGCUCACGCUCAUCUUCGCCGUGGUGUUCGCGAUUGCCCACGAAUGGAUCGCCGCCAAGCGCUCGACCAUCCUCGCCCCCUCGCCCUCGCCCAACGCCUAUUCCGCGCCGGAUUUGGAGAAGGGAGCCAGCAGCGACGAGGAUCCGGCCAGAAAUCCUCCCAAGUCUAUCGUGGCGAUCGUGCUCGCGGUGGUGAUCCACGGCGCCUAUGUGAUCACGAGCUACUUGCUGAUGAUGAUGGUGAUGACUUUCAACGCUGGGAUCUUCAUCGCGGUCAUGGGCUCGGCGGCACGGCACGGCGCGCUAGAGGUGAGUGACGAUUUUGCGGCACGGCCGUGGCGCGGGAAUGAUAAUCCGUGCUCGCGCUUGCUUGCUAGCAUCUUGGGGCGCGAUUCGAGCUGA